CUCGUGUCUGAGGUAACAAUUUCAGUCCAGCUGGAAAUAUUAUUGCAGAGUUUGCAAGCUUCCCUAAGCACUAUCAAGUGGAUCAAAAACCCCACCAAGUUGCCAGGUGUAUAUAGGUAGGUAAACAUGAGAAUGCAGAGAACUCCCCUUUUUGUGCACCAAUAAAAAGGUGAGCUGUCCCUUUUUCAGGAGUUAAUUGCAUGUAAGGAACUGUUCUUGGGGAAGGAAAAGUGUUCUUAUUAGUCAUUUGCCCCAGAACCAUUAUUAUUGUAUUGUUCAACACACAAUAGUGCAGUUGCUCACUUGGUAAAGGUUGGAGUACCAGUGGAGUACCCCAAUUGCCAGCAGAUUACCCCGGAGUCCUCUUUACUCCAGUCAUCAGUACACACCCCGACCCACUCACUCCCCAUGUACACCUCCACCACUCCACUGGUCUCUCCUCCCCUCUCAUCACCAACAUGAAUCAACCUCACACUCCCCUCUCCCGGAUCUAAGAGGCCCAUGGCAAUUAGUGGUGGUCUGAUUGGUAUGGCAGUCAGCCACAGAGGUCUCCAGUCCAGUACAGGUUAUUACACGACUGCUACUGUUACUGCUGCCAGGGGAUACUGCCAACCUGAUGAACACAAAUCAAAGCUCAAGAUCAGAUAUCAGUCUCUAAAUUCUGGCAUUUCAGGUGCCAAAUUCUUUCCAUCCCUUCCCCCCAUAACCCCUCAGUCCUCUAGUACGAAACCAAGUAUUCCCUACAGUCCCCGUUUCUCUAGACACCUGAGCCCCUUUCCACCCUGAUUGGUUGAUGAAAGGAAGUAGCUAUAGACAUAUAUACUUCAACAGUUUUGCAGCUAUUGUUUCUUCCAAAUGCAAAUGUUUGGGCAUAAUCUAUUGCAACACAGCUGUACGUUACAAUAUGUGC